AUGUUUCUUUCUAUUCAAAUGCACAACACUGAUUGCCACUGCAUCAGAUGCAAUAAUAAUAAUCAAGGAGUUUCCCAAGUAUCGAGACGUACUGCUCAGCAUCAUAAUAAAAGAGCUAGAUUUGAAGCUGAAAAGAGAAGCAUGAAAGUAGAUAUUGAAAUAAUCCUGACGUAUCAAUCCAAUUCUGUGGAAGCAAUGGACGGUCAGGCCAACUCACCUAUUUUGGAUGUCGUCUCAAUGUUUGACAAUGACGUCUUUGUUGGUAAUUACUACAAUGGGGAUGAGUCUGACACAACCGAUGACAAUUACAGUGAUGACAAUGGCGAAGAAGACACUAAUGAGAUUUAUGUUGAAGAGUUUAACAAUGAGGAUCAGUUUUAA